AUGGCAAAUAAAAUUGAUGAAUCAUUAGAAAUAAGUGAAGAAGAAAAAAAAUCAAUGGAACAAUUAAUGACUGAUAAAAAUGUAACUGAUGAAGAAUUUAAAAAUUUUAUGCAACGUGUCAUUGAAGUUGAAAAAAUUGUUAAAAAGCUUGCAUCAAAUGAUGCAAGUGAACAAGAAAGUGGCCAAAUAAUGGCCGAUGCAAUAUUAACUGGUGCUAAAAAUAAUGAUAAAAAAAAAAAUGAAAUUAAUGAAAAUGAUGAGCUAAUAACAAAGUCUAGUCGAACUGUGAUUAAUAAGUACGAAAAAGAAUUUAAAAAAGAUCCAAAUGAGAUGUCAAAAGAGAGUUUUAUGAAGUCAAUUGAGAAAGAUGCAAAUGAACGUGCUGAAGAUAGAAAAAUAAGAAAUGAAAGAGCUGAAACAUAUAAAAAAAUUGGUAAUUCAGCAUUUAAUAAAUUUGAUUAUGAAAAAGCUGUUAGUUAUUAUGGCAAAGCAAUUGAACAAAGAAAAGAUUCAACAGUUGUUUGGAAUAAUCGUGCAAUAGCAUAUAUUAAACUUGGAUUAUAUGAAAAAGCACUUGAUGAUUGUGAAUGGGCACUUAGAGUUAGUAAAUCAAAUAUCAAAGCAUUAUUGAACUCAGCAAAGUGUCAUGCUUAUCUUGGUAAUGAUGAUAAACGUGAUGAAUUUAUUCAACUUGCUAAAUCACGAGUUCCUGAAUUUAUAAAAUACAUUGAAGAUUUUGAAAAAACACUUAAAAACAAUCCAAUAAAUGGAGAAAAAUUUCAAGAAGAUGAAGAGUCUCUUAUUAUUUAAAAUAAAAAAUAAAACAGUCAAUUUAAAAAUUACGAGAAAAAGCUACUUUUAAAAAAGAUUUAUUAUAUUUAUUUAUAAAAUUUAUUAUUAUUUGUUGUUUAAAUUAAUAACUCGUCGAAAAAAAAAAAAAACGAAUUUGUUUUUCAAAUAUUUGAUUGUUCAUUUAGUUAAUAAAUAUUGUUUAAAAAAUUUCAAUUUACA